AUGUCGGACUACCAGGCGCUUCCUAGUGAUGACGAGAUCGAUGCUUUCACGGGGAAGGCAUAUUGCUGCUUGCCGUUGUUGCUGUUGUCGAUAGCUCCGUUCUUUGGUGCCUACGCUCUUCUGGCAGAUGCAAACCAGGACUGGCCGAUUCUGCUGUAUGGUGCCGGCGGCUGGUGGCUUGCUCUGCUGAUGCGUGUUCCAGUGGUCCUCGGUACAAAGGCUCUCUUGGCUGAUUCAGCGUCGCAGCAGUCAUGGCUGCAGCUCAUUACAACCCUCGUGUCCGGGCCGGCAGAGGAAAGUGUACGGGUGACGAUGCUCUUCACCUUCGGAUGGGCUGCCCGCUUUGAUGCGAGCUUCGCCUUAGGUUUGGGCUGGACUUGCUUGGAGCUGGUCUUCACUUGUGUGCAGUCGCUUGCGGCGACGCAGCUCCUGAAAGCGGCAAAGUCCGGGAAGGAUCCAAAGGCGGUCGAAGCAUUUCACCAACUGGCUGCGCAAAGUGGGCGAGACGAUCCCUUGAGUUUGCAUCCGGCGUGGGGCAUCCUUGAGCGCUUCAGCGCUCACGAGCUCCACCUCGCGAUGGCGCUCCUGGGUGCGCUUUCCCCCUGGAUGGUGCUGGGAACUUCGUGCAUUCACUCUGCUAUCAAUUGGUCGACCGUGGCUGCCCUUCGAGCGCACGGCCCAGUCAUCGCAGAAGUUGGCCUGUUUAUCUUUGCCUCUGGACUGCUUCUCGCGGCACUAGGCAUGUGGAGCCAGUUGCGGCCAUGA